AUGUCGACGGCAGCAGCGCCAGCGGGGCAGAAGCCGCAGGGAGGGGCCGCGGGGGCGCCGGCGAAGAGGAAGCCUGUUUUUGUGAAGGUGGACCAGCUGAAACCGGGCACGAGCGGGCACACGCUGACGGUUAAGGUCGUUAGCUCGAACAUGGUGCUGCAGAAGGGGCGGGCGUCGUCGGCUCAUCUCCGCGAGACUAGGAUCGCCGAGUGCCUGAUCGGGGACGAGACCGGGACGAUUGUUUUCACUGCCAGGAACGAGCAGGGUUCGUGUCUCUGUGCCCCCUUUUAGGUGUCCUGCAUCUGCUCUUCGCCUCCCGUUCCACUCAUUUUGUGCACUCCGACUUUCGAAACCCUAAUUUUAUGUUAGGGGAUUCCGCCUCUCUCCGAAAGUUUAGAGCACGCGUAGAUCGAAAUGCCGUCUCUGAUCUACGAAGUAUGGGCCUAGAUCUCUAAUUUCUUAGCUACAACGGAAGGUUGGGUUGACCGAUCUUCUCUUGUUGUUGGGUUAUUCGUUAAUCAGAGUCGUAAUUUUGCUUUCGACAGGGGGAAAAAUCGUCGUUUCCCAUCCAAUACAGUCGUCAUUUUCCGUUGAUGACCACUUUUGGCCCCAUUAUAUAUCAAUGAAAGUAGGAAAUUUGCGAUCUAUGCGGCUUUUAAUCCCGUAUCGGUUAGAUGUUAGGCAUUUUGGGAAUUAACCCCGUAAUACUUUUCUUGUCGUUAGCCUGCGUUCGGAGGGAGAAGUUGUGGGUCGAAAUAACAUUGCCUUAUGCCUCUGUUGAUAGCUUUUACCUGCCGACAACUCGGGGACCAUAUGGUGGUUCUUCCAUUAUAAUACGGCACUAUCUUGACUUAUCCUUGCUUUUCUCCCAUUUAGAAUCAGGAGGUAUUUCGAUACCUUCUAUCAUGGAACUGUGUUUGAUGUUGGGGCCUGUGUUCAUGCGUUCUUUGUUGUCAAUUUCCAUGAAACGAUGGCUUAAUCUUCUUACGCGGUGAUUACAUAAGAAAUUUUUUCCUGUUAUUAUUUGGGAAUGUCUUCAUUUUACAUCAAACACAUUUGUUCUCCAGUUGGUUUGGUUCUAGCCAUAAAUGCCAUCGUUAGUCAAUGUUAGAAUAUUAAAAUGUUUUCCCCCCAUUAUAGUGCAUUUUAGAUUCUUUGAUUUCCAGCUGACCUCAUGGGUUCAUAAAAUCAAAAGCUUACUCUAUGUGCGCAUUUUCUCAUAAACUCUGGUGUAAUUGGUAUGCUAAUUCGUUCUAGCGAGCCGAUCAUAGGCUUGAUGAUUUCAAUCACAUCUAAAAUAAUAAAAGAGUUGGAGUCUGCCGUGUCCAUCAAAUAGCAGAUCUUAAGUGUUCAUAGAAUCAAAAGCUUAUUCUAUGUGCACAUUUUCUCAUAAACUCUGGUGUAAUCAGUAUGUUCAUUAGAUUAGUGAACUGAUCACGGGCUUGAUGAUUUCAAUCACAUCUAAAAAAAUACAAGCGUUGGAGUCUGACGUGUUCCUUGACAUGCAGUAUCUAGUUCAUGGAGCACAUCGCUAUGUACUUAGGGCACUUCAACUCUCUGGGUUUGAAAGGCUGUUGCUGUUGUGCGUCUAUUAAUGGUAUUUUGGUUUCCAGCCACAACUGAUCAUUUCAUGGUAGUCAGUCAUCCUAAGUCCAAUUGGGCUGUCGGUUUAUGGGGAGCUAGAACACGUAUGCAUCUAGUAUAGAAUCGAGGAAUGCACACCUAUUUGAUCGUUGACAAAAAUCCUCUUCAUAAUAUGUUGCUGUCUACACCACAAUUUAACAGACCUCAUUCGCUGUUGUCUUAUGGUCAGUGUUUUGAAAUGAAAUUUAUGUUCUUCAGUGUGUUGUAACAGUUUCAAGAAUAAUGUUUUGGCUUCUUUUCAGAUUGCCUCAAACUAUGGGCCUAUCCUUUAUUUAUUUCAUCAUUCAUGUGGUGAUGAGUUCUUUUUUUUUUUUUUUUUUUUUUUUUUUGUGUUUCGUCUCCUCCUCCAUCUGGCAGUCGAUCUGAUGGAACCCGGCGCCACAGUGAUCCUACGCAACGCAAAGAUCGACAUGUUCAAGGGGUCCAUGAGGCUUGCUGUUGACAAGUGGGGCCGUGUGGAGGUCACCGAGCCAGCAACCUUUACGGUGAAGGAGGACAACAAUCUGUCCCUGGUCGAGUACGAGCUGGUGAAAGUCGAGGAGUGA